CAUGAUUGCAAAGCCAAGCGCUUGGCGGCCUUUUUGAACUGUUGACAAUCUCUUUUCGUUUGCUUGGCCUGCUCGAUUGCGCAGCGCGGGCAAGUUCUUUUACGGACUUUGCAGCCCAAACAUGGGUGUAAAAAGCCUAUGGAAGCUGUUGGAACCAGCGGCAAAACCGAGGAGACUCGAGACGCUUGCUGGCCAGAAACUGGCGAUUGAUGCAAGCAUCUGGCUGCACCAGUUCCUCAAAGCCAUGCGAGAUAAAGAAGGCAAUCUCCUAAAAGGGGCGCACAUUGUCGGAUUUUAUCGCAGAAUCUGCAAGCUGCUUUAUUUCGGUAUACGACCAGUGUUUGUGUUUGAUGGUGACACUCCGGCGAUGAAGAGGGUUGCAUUGACUGAAAGGCGAAGGCGAAAAACCACAGCAAAGAGCAAUUUGGCACGGACGGCGCACAAAAUCCUCUACAAGCGUCUCCAACUACAAGCACUACAAAAGUCAAAGGCCGAUGAGACAACCAGUGCACCAGCGGCUCUUGAAAGCACUUUGCUGCGUUCAGACGCGUUGCAAGAGCUUCCCCAAGACGUUCGAUACGUAGAUCAGACGGAAGAUGCACAUGUCACGCCACCUGCACCUGCCCCACAAAGCAAUAAUCCUCGAAGCUCUAAUCGCAAGGGGAAACGGGAUGAAUACGAACUUCCAGAGGAAGUCGAAGAGUGGAGUGAGCACUGCCGCGUUCGUUGAUCAUCGGUUUGUUACCGAGGAGGAAAUGCGAGAUUUUAUCAAUAAUCAUAAGAACGAUGUGGACCUCUCGUCUGUUAAUCUCGAUGCUCAAGCUUUCAAAGACCUUCCUAUUGAAACCCAACAUGAUAUCGUAACUGAACUCAAAAAUAGGUCACGGCAAGCGGACCACAGACGACUGGCGGGGCUGGUGAAUGCUGCUCCCAAUCCUAUGGCUUUUUCUGCACUUCAGAUAAAGCAUCUCGUGAAACGCAAUGAUUUGACGGAGCGCCUACAGAACUUGGCAAAGAACGCUGGUGUCACGAGCAAUCCCGGAUUGAAAAAGUGGAAAGCAAAGAACGCGCGGCGCCCACAGCGUGUUGCAAGCGAGAGAGCUCGGGAAUACAUGCUAGUUAAGAAUGCUGACACAGGUGGACAUACCAUCAAGCUGAAUGCUCAACUAGAGAGAGGAGGGGCAGGGGGCUUUCAAAAUGAGCCUAGUAUAGCCCCCACUGUGAUUAAUCUAGUUGAUGAGGAUGGUGAGGUAUCCGAGGAGACAUCGGGUGAGGAAAUUGAGCCCGAUGUCGAUGCUCGUAUGGCAUCCGUCAGGAGAUUGCCCGCAAAGAAACAGUUGAAAAGAAUCACUGCCAAGCAGCAUCAUACUAUCACUGCCGAGCAUCAUCAUACUACCCCAGCAACCGAGGUAGACAGCGACGAUGAUGAAGAAUUUGAGGAGAUAACAGACAUUCCAACCCCACCUUAUACGGCAUCCGCAGUAUCGGGAAUGGAGCAGGAUACUAAUGUGGAUAUGACAAGUCACGAAAAGGACCAGGACAAGUCUCUCCUUGCCAAUUUUCAGGCAUACCUUCCAGACAACCUCCCAAUUGAAAAAAUAAUGGAGUAUUUCGCCACAGGACCACCGGAGGGCCCAACAGAAGAUGGACCUUCUACCGACAUGUACGAGGACGUACCACCACAGCCUGGGUGGGGUGGGCACCGUUCAUCUCCAGUGCCUGCCUGGCCUGACUCUGGUUUUCAACCUGAAUCCUAUGUUGGCAGAAGGGAGGUAGCCACUGAAGGUGGGUGGGACGCUCAACCAGCAAUGGAUCCUGGUUGGACUGGUGAGAAUACAUGGGAAGAGAACAAAUCUAAUGCGUGGGGAAAGGAUGUUGCGCUUGGGUGGAGUACAGAAGUGGAGAAAGAGGUUACUACGCUGCAGCUAGAAGAGAAACAUUCAUGGACGAAAUCGGGCAAUGACGAUGAACAGGAGGGUGCAUUUGUAGUUGAGGAUGAAGCCCGCCAGCUGAGGGUCGAAGACGAGAAUGUAGAUGGGUGGGCUCGUUCACCCUUACGGAACACCCCUGACCCACUUGAAGACGGCCAGCCCGGUGAUGCAUCAGACAUUCCAACCCCACCUUAUACGGCAUCCGCAGUAUCGGGAAUGGAGCAGGAUACUAAUGUGGAUAUGACAAGUCACGAAAAGGACCAGGACAAGUCUCUCCUUGCCAAUUUUCAGGCAUACCUUCCAGACAACCUCCCAAUUGAAAAAAUAAUGGAGUAUUUCGCCACAGGACCACCGGAGGGCCCAACAGAAGAUGGACCUUCUACCGACAUGUACGAGGACGUACCACCACAGCCUGGGUGGGGUGGGCACCGUUCAUCUCCAGUGCCUGCCUGGCCUGACUCUGGUUUUCAACCUGAAUCCUAUGUUGGCAGAAGGGAGGUAGCCACUGAAGGUGGGUGGGACGCUCAACCAGCAAUGGAUCCUGGUUGGACUGGUGAGAAUACAUGGGAAGAGAACAAAUCUAAUGCGUGGGGAAAGGAUGUUGCGCUUGGGUGGAGUACAGAAGUGGAGAAAGAGGUUACUACGCUGCAGCUAGAAGAGAAACAUUCAUGGACGAAAUCGGGCAAUGACGAUGAACAGGAGGGUGCAUUUGUAGUUGAGGAUGAAGCCCGCCAGCUGAGGGUCGAAGACGAGAAUGUAGAUGGGUGGGCUCGUUCACCCUUACGGAACACCCCUGACCCACUUGAAGACGGCCAGGUUACCUAUCCAGAAACCAGCGUUGAAGAACAAAAACUUUUGACAUAUGGCGAGCUUGAAAUGAAUGAGGCCGCGCAACACCGGGACGCUUCAAAUACUCGCCUGAACGACGCAGUCCUCAAAGUUUUGACAGGCGCAAUAACACCAGACGAAGCCUACAACGCUUGGCAGGAUAUUCUAUCCGAUGCCUUCACAUCGGUAUAUCCGGACCACGAAAACAUGCUCCGUUUAGCAGUAUAUGGAUGGUCCGAAGAGGAAGUACAGGAAGAGCUGACCCAUGUGAAGAAGCGACAUGAUAAAGCAGUUGAGGGAAGUAUCUCUGCGCAGGCGCAUGAGUUGUGGACAAAAAUUUUGGAGUAUACACUGAUUUGGCGGGAGGAGCGGAGCUCGAAGAAUGAGACUGUUACGGUGGCACCAGCUGAAGCAGCCGGUUCAGACCAUCUUUCGCCAAUCGCGGAGAAAUCGGUGAUAGUGGCUGAUCCAGAUCACCCUCGACCAGAUGAUCGAGCGUCAACGACGGACAUUCAAGUGCCCAUAGAUUUCUCGAAACUGCUACCACCUCGAUCCCCCGAGCCGAUCAUUACAGAUCGAAUCGGGUUUCUGGCUAGAACGUCGCCGAUGAAGCGUACUUUGACCAGUAAUGUGGCCAAUGUCAUCCAAAGCCCGAAAAGGUCCAGUGCAGAUGUUCUCGGCUUUGCGUCGGAUUCAGAGGACGAGGAGUUUCAUUCACCUGCGAUAAAGAAGCAUAAAAGGCCGGAUAUAGUGGAAGGAAUUAUGGAAGCAGAAGUUGAGAUGACGGAGGUUACGUCCGGGCUCUUGGCUGCGACAAAGGAGGCAGAUGGAACGGCACCCGUCACCCCACCUCAUACCAAGCCUAUUGUCGAGCACGUGAAUACACCGCCUAGCGAAGAAGAGCCCUCAAGGGUAUCAGCUUAUUCAACCACGCCGACAGAAACUGCAUCUGUCAACCCUGCCAUCCAACCUGGUCCCACCGCAGCGCAAGCCACAAUCGAUCUGAAUGAUGGAUCUGAUCUUUUUGAAGACGACGUUUACUUGAACAAUGAAGAUGAAGAGGUGGGCAUUGACGUUCCAACUGAACUCAACGAAGAAAACGAAGAAUAUACUCGUUUCGUGUCUUCUCUAUCAAACCAAACACCUGAUGACGUUGCACGACGGCUAGAAAGCGAAAUGAUCAGCCUGAACAAGCAGAAACGAAAAGAAGAGGCUAGUGCAGUUGAUAUUGAAACUCAGCUCAUUAGGGAAAUUCAGGAGCUUCUUCGCAUUUUUGGUCUUCCUUAUAUCGCUGCUCCAAUGGAGGCUGAGUCUCAAUGCGCCUGGCUGGUUCAAAACUCCCUUGUAGACGGCAUCGUGACUGAUGACUCUGACGUGUUCCUCUUUGGCGGCACGAUGAUUUACAAGAACAUGUUUAAUCAGCAAAAAUACGUGGAGGAGUAUACCAUGGACCGCCUGGAAGAGACCAUGCUUUUGACUAGAGAAAAGUUGGUUCAGCUGGCCUAUCUGUUGGGAAGUGACUAUACGGAAGGAAUUGAAGGAAUUGGACCUACGAGUGCCAUGGAAAUAUUAACAAUGUGGCGAGGGGAAGGGCUGGAGCCACUCCAAGGGUUUCGGGAGUGGUGGGAACGCGUUUUGAGAGGCGAAACUGAUGUGGAUGAGGAACCGAUUCUGAGAAGACUGCGCAAACACUGCCAAAAGCUUGCCAUCCCGUCGUCAUUUCCAGACCCUCGAGUUCUGGACGCCUACUUUCAUCCACAACUCGAUACUAACCCUACGGCCUUUACCUGGGGCCGGCCCGACUUGAAUGCCCUUCGAGAUUUCAUGGAAGACAAACUGGAUUGGAAGCAGCAUCAAGUUGAUCACAUUAUGAUACCACUCAUCAAGGAAAUGGAUCGAAAUUUGAAUGCAAAGAAUCGACAAGCGCGUUUGGACAAGUUUUUCUCGGUGACGAGUACCAACGUCCAUGCUAGUGAGCGUGUUAGAGAGGUAGUGGAGGGAUGGAAGGAAGGAGGUGGGAAGAGGAGAAAGGUGGAGAGUAAAAGAGGGAAGAAGACGGUCUCAAAGAGAGGCCGAGGCCGAGGCAGGAAAUGAUACCUGUUUUUACACACCGUAUAUAGCACUUUUGUACAUAUGUGGGUAGUUCAAGUCUACCCUCACCCUGCAUGCAUAUUCAUAUUAUCGCAAUUUAACUCCGGUAAUCCGCAUUAAUACUAAUAUAUCCAUGACUAAAAUCAC